GCAGCCCCAGCCACGAGGGCCCCUGCAAGGCUGGCAACGGCUGAGCCCGCAAAGGGGACGUUGGGGGGGUCCCGACAAUUUUACACCCGGGAGAUGCUCCUGAGGAUUCCAAGACUGGAGCCCCUGCCUGAGCAGCCCCACCUCAGACAGUGCUGGGGCUGGGGCCAUGACACCUCCGACCCUGAUGGGGGACACAGGGGACCGCAGGGGACACAGACAAAACUGAGGGGAGGCCAGGCACGGUGGCUCACGCCUGUAAUCCCGGCACUUUGGGAGGCCGAGGCAGGCGGAUCGCCUGAGGUCAGGAGUUCAAGACCAGCCUGGCCAACAUGGUGAAACCCCGUCUCUUCUAAAAAUACAAAAAAUUAGCUGGGCGUGGUGGCGGGCGCCUGUAAUCCCAGCUACUUGGGAAGCUGAGGCAGGAGAAUCCCUUGAACUCGGGAGGUGGAGGUUGCAGUGAGCCGAGAUCGUGCCACUGCACUGCAGCCUGGGCAACAGAGUGAGACUCCAUCUCAAAAAAAAAAAAAAAAUUGAAAACUGAGGGGACACAGGGGACCUGAGGGUGGGACAGCGCAGGAAGGGACGGCUCGCCCGUCUCAGCCAUCCCCAUGGGGCCCUGGUGUUGGGUCACACGCAGAUCCUGUCUGGAAUAGGAGUUGGGCUGGGCGCUGGGGCCCCCGGGGCCAGGCUGCCCUGAAUCCUCAGGCCCAGCUCUGGAACAGGGUGUAUUUGAAGAGCGUCACUGGAAAGGCCAGGGUCGGAGCCGUCUGCCCUCUGCCAGGCAGCUGGCAGGAGCCCUGGCUGGGCCUGGUGUGUCAGCAAUCUCAAACAGGGUGAGGAUGACAAGGUUUUCCAUGGCCGGGGCCCGAGCUCAGAGGGGCGUGCGUCAGGGCCUGGGCCGAGUCCAGCAGACUGUGGUCUUGGAUGGAACUGGCUGCAGUCCUGCCUCUGACAGGGAGGUGGAGGCACGGGGGCUGGCAGACCCUCCCACACACGGGCACAGACACACGGGGCAGGGGGCUCCAUCCCAACAGGAGGAGCCCAGGCUGAGGCUGCACUCCACCCUCGUCUGGCCAGCCCUGGCCAGCGCACCUGUCCUCAGUGCAGACGUGGGCGCUGCCCCUGAGGAGCUUUGGUUUCUAAGGGGAGAGCUGGCCAAGUCAUCAACACUGGACAGACAGCAGGAAAGGCGUGAGGACAGCAGCUCUCGAGGGAGGAGGAGCAGCCCAGCAGGCUUCCCGAAAACAGUGGCACCGUGCGCAGGGGGAACAGUGUCCAGGGACCACGAACACGUAAGCGUGUGGCUGUGCGGAGCCAGGGAGAGGCGAAGGGGCGUCCAGGGCUGUAGCCGGGUUCCAGACAAGGCCCGACCUCAUGAGCCUGCCCCAGAAAAUCCUCUGGGUGGUGAACAGAUGGGGCAACAGCAUGGUCUUCAGUCAGCCUCCUGGAGGUGUGAAAAGAAAACAAAAUUUUGGGACCUAAAACUCACUAAGCCAAGGGGAAAAGUCAAGCUGGAAGCCGAGUCACACACACCUGCCUCCCAUUUUCUUCCUAAUUGGACAGCUACGAAGAUGAAGGAGCCUGUGCCCCCUCGCAAUGCGCUUACAGGGAAAUUCCUUGUGGAUCCCAAGAUCUUGGCUCUGAAACAGUUCUGCUGGAUCCCAUUUAGACAGUGUGAUGUAGCAGCUUAUCUUCCCAGUCCCAAAUUCCCAGGAAUCCCAGCCCCACUGGCUGAACACCGGGGUGCAGCCACAGAGAGGAUGGCCUUGGCCUGGGGGUGGCAGCUGUGCAGGGGGCCCUGUCCCCCACCACCGAUGGCAGGGGUAAGACGGCAGCACUGGAGACGGAGGCCAGAGCAGACUCCAGCAGCCGCGGUGGCAGGUGCAGAGGGAGGCGCGAGGUCGGACGCGGGUCACGUCCUGCUGCAACACUGCAUGGGUGAAGCCAGGGACAGUGUCCUGGAGGUACCUGUCUGA